CACAUUCGAGUGAAAUGAGGGUUUUAAGGAAUUGGGUACUGGGCAGCUCUUCUAGGUUAUGCGGGGAGGGCGAUUUUACAAGCUGAUAACAACAUAAAUGGUAGCUAAACGGAGAAAUCUGGACUGAGGAACGCACGCAAUCGAUUAUCUUUCAGCUACCCAGGUGUUCUAUCUUCGCGUCUCACCUCUCAGAAUGAUCUAAAGUUCGAUACGGUCAUGCAUUUACAAUCCUUAGACGUUCUUACUGCCAUAACUUCUCUCCCGAUAUCUAGCUCUGAAAAUAAGGAGUUGUUCACUGACCUCGAGCACUUUAAGGAGGACUCAAAAUUUGGGAUGGAAAUUGAUAACCCGAAUCAUAUUGAUGAAAACAUGGUGAAGAACGAGUUAAAUCUAUAUCCAGUUUCUGCUAAUAAUUCAGGUCAGGGUCUUCCAUAUGCUCCUGUAGAUUGGCCUGAAUCGGGUGAUGUGUGGGCUUGGAAGGUUGGAAAAAGAAUUUCCGGGUCUGGGUAUUUCCUGGAUAGGUAUCUCUAUAUUCCUAAACGUCUUAAGUCAUCCUCCAGUAAAAAGCGCAGUUUUGCAAGUAAGCUUUCAGUAAAAGAGUUCAUCAUGGAAAGAUUCCCCGAUGCAAAUGUCGAUACAUUUUUUUCAUCAUUUAGUUGGAAGAUUCCAUCUCACAAUUGGUCAGCCACAAAAGAAGAUGAAGAGGAGAUUUCAUUUGUAAGUAUUUCAUCUGAUGAGAUGCCAGAACAGUCUGAUCCCGAUUCCCAAUCUGUUAUACUCAGAUGUAAGGCAGGCAAUAAAAUGUGCAUCAGUCUGGUUGAAAAAACAAGUCCCUCUGCAGAAGUGAUGAUUUGUCAUCUUUGUUGCAGCGAACCAAGUUUUUGCACAGAUUGUUGCUGUAUACUUUGUUCUAGAACUAUUAAAACCAUCAAUGGAGACUUGAGCUACAUUAGAUGUGAGGCUGCGGCAAGUGAAAACUAUAUAUGCGGUCAUAUUGCUCAUGUGAAUUGUGCUCUCCAAUCAUUCAUGGCUGGUACGGUUGGAGGAAUAAUUGGUUUGGAUGCAGAAUAUUAUUGUCGCCGUUGUGAUGCAAGGACCGAUCUGGUUCCCCAUGUCAGAAAGCUAAUUAAGGCCUGCCAGUCUAACUCUUCUAAGGAUGAUGUUGAGAGGUCGUUAAACAUGUGUACAGGAAUUUUACGUGGUUCAAAGAGAACAGAAGCUAAGAAGCUGUUGAGUAGUGUUGAAGUUGUCACGAGAAAGCUUAAGAAUGGAGCGCAACUUGAAGAAGUUUGGAAAGUAGAAGACACCGCAACUUCUGUCGCUGGAGAUAUUUCUGACAAUGGACGUGAUACGAUGGACAUUGCUAAUAUUGAGGAAAUGGAAGAUUUCAGUACAGAUGUAGAUGACAAAUUUGUAAGUGGGGAAAUUGAGCAUCAUAUUGACAGUGGAAAACUUGAGGAAGAGAUUGAUCAGGUUCUACAGGAACUGAGAAAAUCGCAGGAAAAUGAAUAUAGAAUCGCUGAGGAAAGGCUCCAUGCCCAAAAGAGCUAUCUUCUAUAUUUGAAUGAGCAACUUAGUUUGGAAAAAUCUCGACUUCCGACUUGCACUUUAUCAACUGAACGGGUUUCUCUGCUUGAAGCUGUGAAGAGCAGGAUAGAUCAGAUAAGGUGGCAAACUAUGAAACUUAAAAACAUGCAAGGAGUGUCAAAAGGAUUUGGAAGAGUCUCUAAUGAUGUUCUCAAUGGUUAUUUUGGAUUUGAAACGGACAAGUAAACAUCAAUCAGCCUAAACUACUACUACUACUCAAACUCAGAAUUAAGUAAGUCUUCUACUACCUUAUUCCUGUUUGUCUGGUCUUGAAUAUUGCAUUAGACAAUUUAGAGUUAUGGCCAGUUUGGGACCAUUUUUUUGUUUGUUUUGCGGAUGAGUCAUCCUAUGCUUACUAGUUAGGAAAAUGUUUUCUUGAGCCGUGGAUAUUGGAAACAUUUGUACGAAUGAUAUGUUUGUAAGGCAAUGAAAGAAUUCUCUUGAUCUCA